UUAAAUGAGGUUGGGUGACGACAAAAUAACCCUAGGAAUUGAUAAUAAUACAAAUUCAGUGGCGAGCACGCAUGUCUCUUUCCUCUCAUCUUCCUUUCUCCCUUUACAUUCUUAUAAAUUCAAACCCCAAUUUUCUGCAUUUGAAACCGCUUCCAGAUUCAGUCUAACUUCUUCUUCUUCUUUCAGCUACUCAACAAAUCAAUACAUCCUAUUUUGUUGUUUACAGGCGAUGAUGAACACUUUAGUCCAAUCGAAUUGAUCAACAAAAUUGUAAUCUCAUCCUGUUUAUCAUAAAGCAAAGCAAUGGAUCACGAUCACUCAGAUGCGAUUCUCAAGUUGAUAGGCAUCAUGCUCAUGGAGGAGGAUGAUGAUGAUUUGGAAAACAAACCGUGUAUGCUGCACGACUGCUUGGCUCUCCAAGCUACCGAGAAAUCUCUCUACGAUCUUCUCAACAACAACAGCGACAACGACCUCGAUAGCUCAUCUGACAAUAUUACGGAUAAGCAGAAGCAGAAGAAGAACAGAUACAGGGAAGACGAUUAUCGCAGCAAUAAGCAGUUGGCCAGCAACCUCGGUGGCGAAGACGAGGCCUUGGAAAUGUUCGACAAGGUGCUCCUCUGUUCCCACUCCGAUUGCACAAUGCCCAAGGCCAACACGAAGAAGCCAGGAGGCAGGAGAGGAGGAGGAGGAGCCAAGAAACAACUUGUGGUGGUGGAUCUGCAUACUCUGUUAAUGCAAUGCGCGCAGGCCGUUGCCACCUUCGACACCGCGACUGUAACCGAUCUGCUUGCUAAAAUACGCCGCCAUUCCUCCCCGCACGGCGACGGCACGCAGCGCCUCGCCCACUACUUCGCCAACGCCCUCGAGGCGCGCGUCGCGGGCACGGCCUCGGCCGCCUAUACCGCCUUCUCCAACCGGAUAUCGGCCGCCGUCUUCGUCAGAGGCUACCACACAUUCAUCAAGGCUUGCCCUUUCAGAAAGAUGUCCAAUGUUUUAGCCAACAAAACCAUCCGGAAACUCGCCGAUUCCGCAGCAGCCCUUCAUAUAAUCGACUUCGGCAUCCUUUACGGUUUCCAGUGGCCCUGCCUCAUCCAGUCGCUCUCCGAGAGGCCUGGUGGUCCCCCCAAGCUCCGCAUCACCGGGAUCGACUUCCCCCAGUCGGGGUUCCGCCCAGCCGAGCGCGUGUCCGACACGGGCGACCGUCUCGCCAGGUACUGCCAGCGGUUCGGAGUCCCGUUCGAAUACAAGGCGAUCGCGCAGAAAUGGGAGAGCAUCAAACUGGAGGAGCUCGAGAUCGAGAGGGGUGAGCUGCUGGUGGUGAAUUGCCUGCACCGGCUUCCGAACGUGCCAGACGAGACGGUGGUGGUCGACAGCCCGAGGGAUCAAGUGCUGAAGCUCAUCAAGAGGAUCGACCCGGACAUGUUUAUCCAAGGGGUGGUGAACGGCACCUACAACACGCCCUUCUUCGUCACCCGGUUCAGGGAGGUGCUGUUCCAGUACUCGUCGCUGUUUGACAUGUACGAGGCCACUGUGCCGCGGGAGGACCCCAACAGGCUUCUGUUCGAGGAGGAGGUGUUCGGAAAGGACGCCAUCAACAUAAUAGCCUGCGAGGGGACGGAGCGGCUUGAUAGGCCAGAGACAUACAAGCAGUGGCAGGCCAGGAUCGUCAGGGCCGGCUUCAGGCAGCUCCCGCUGGAUCAGCAGAUCGUGAGUAUCGUGAAGAACAAGGUCAAGGCAGAGUAUCAUAAAGACUUCUCGGUUGAUGAAGAUGGGAAAUGGAUGUUGCAGGGAUGGAAAGGCCGAGUUCUUCACGCUUUUUCUUGCUGGAAACCUGCCCAAAACUGAUUCUUUUACAUAUUUUUUCACCCACAUUUUUCUUUUUUUUGAUGAUUUUGUACCAAAAUUUGAAUGAGAAAAAUAGGCCAUUGCCAUCUGUUUUUUGCAAA